UACGUUACAUGAGCGGUUACAAGCGGCACCUAGUGGGUGCUCUGCCAUCCAAGAAGCACGUGGAAAACGUACGGUCCAAGAUGGGCCGGCUGACCCAGUUCCUUGACCGCAUGGCCGAGGGCAAGAGCGACCUGGGCUCCUGGAAGUUCCUCGACGACGCCGACCGGGUGAUGGGCUGGCCGGCCGACCUGCUGAAAAAGGGGAAGAAGAUAACAACGGUCAAGGUGUACCUCGUCAACACGGGACAGUUCCUCACCUACUUCAGCGAAACUCCACCCGAGGGCUCCAGGGUCACCAAGCGAGGCCUGGUGUCCGUCGCACGCGCCCUCAAGUCCGCUGCCAGUCAGAUAUCCACCACCGUCGUCCUCCACCAGAUCCAGGUGAAGGACGACAAGGAGCGACGCACUGUAACGCCGGAACUUCUACGCAGGUGCCUGGAGCGAUGCCGGACCUGCAUACCAGUGCUGUUGCGCGACUUAUCGCGGAGGAAGCGCGACGUCAACCUACGGAACCAGCUCAUAGGCUACUUCGGUUUGUAUGUGGCUUCUCUCUACGGCCACAGAACCGGGGUGGUCAGCAACAUGAGAGUGAGUGAGGUAGAAGAAGCCGAACAGUCGGGAUCCAGGCACGACUCGUCCGGCUACGUGAUCAACGUCAGGCACCACAAGACCAACCGGGCCUUCGGGAGCGCCCAGCUCUUCCUGACGCCGGAGGAAUACGGUUGGUUGAGAAGAUGGAUGGCCAUACGCAGAGAGCUGCGCCCCGACUCGGACCUGAUGUUUUUCAACCUGAACGGAGGCCCCGUCAACAAGCUGACGUCCUUCGCCCGCGACGCCUGGGCCAGGAUGCGCCUGCCGGGUAGCCCCUCGUUGACAGACAUACGGACCGCCGUGGCCACCAUGGCCAGGAACACGCAGUGCGCUGAGGUCCGGCAGCGUAUGUCCCAGCUGAUGUGUCACGACACUAGGACCGCGGACCGCUUCUAUGCCAUGCAACUGACUGUCAGCCAGUUGGCAGACAUGCGGAGGACCUUCGACCUCUCCAGGGAGGCUGACCAGCAGCCGCUGGAAUAAUGUGAUUGUGUUCAAUAAAGCGUUUCAUACGCCACUUCCCCCGUGUUUUGUGCUUGUUUGCUGGGUAAAAUCCUGUUCUUCCGUGAGAACCAGGAACCGUGAAAGUGUU